UCUUGACGCUCCUCUGCUGCGUGUGAAGCCGCAUAAGAAGCGCUCCGUGUAGCGACGCGGAGGAGCAUUUCUUCCAGGGGCGGAGGGCUUUACCGGGGCUUCACCGGGGCUCACACCGGCUCCUCGGCACCGGACCGGGAAUAUAAAUAAAAAACAAAAUAAAUAAAAUAAUAAAACCAUGUCGAACCGAAAGCACCGGGACAACCAGGAGAUCUGCGCCCGUAAGGUCCGUGAGCUGGCCCAGUCCGGAGUCAACAAACACUGCUUCGAGUGCAGCCAGCCCGGGGUGACUUACACCGACAUCACGGCCGGUAGCUUCAUCUGCACCACCUGCUCCGGAAUGCUGAGAGGCCUCAACCCUCCCCAUAGAGUCAAGUCCAUCUCCAUGACAACCUUCUCCCAACAGGAAGUGGAAUUCCUCCAAAACCAUGGCAACGAGGUUGGGAGGAGGACGUGGUUGUGCGUGUUUGACCCAAAGACGGACGGCUGCUCCGACAUGAAGGACUCUCAGAAGUUCAAAGAGUUCCUGCAGGACAAAUACGAGAAGAAAAAGUGGCAUUUUUCCAAAAGUAAGAACCGGAGGGACGUGGAGGGUCCUUGGAGCCCGGGGGUCCAGGCGGUGCCCCCUUCCCAUGGUCCCUUAUCCAACCAGGCCCCCUCCCAUAACCUGCCCCCUAACGCCAGGACCACAAGGCCAAUGUCUCAGUCCCAGCUGCCGUCAUGGGAUCGAGCUCCCGCCAUCUCGCCCGCCGACAUGCGGACGGACGCGUUCACCGCUCGGCCCUCGCGCUCCCAAAGCUUCAGAGACCCCCAUCUGAAAGAUCCCACCCUGUGCGGGAUAGAGAGACAGCGGCCGGGCUCGCUGUCGUCGGCGCUGGGAGCUCAGAGCCACGUCCCCUCCUUCCCGGCCCUCCCGCGGCCCUCAGCCAGUAGCUCUUUCAAAAACCACUUCACUUUAGGUCGGACAGUAUCGGCCUCGGGGACCACGGGGCCGUUCAGGGCCUUCCCCAAGUCUCUCAGCGUGGACUUCGGAGGUCUGAACCACCCUCAUCAGCAGUCUCUGCCCCACUCUCUGUCCCAGCAGCAGACCGGGAGUGUCAGCCAGAAGACACCGCCAAUCGGUGGCUCCAACCACCAGGACAGAUACGCUGCGGUGUCACAUCUGGACAGCGUCUUCUGUGACCCGCCGACGGUCACAGCUCCACCUGGUGGUCCACCGCAGUACAACGCCAUCUUUGGCAGCAGGCCCUCGUCCAGCUCUACUCCUGCCAGCUCCCCCGGUGUCGAUACAGUCUCCAGCUCCCAAACCUUUGCAAAUUUCCCCAACCCAUUCAGCUCCAGCUCGGCUUCCCAGCAGCCUGUUGCCCUCUCCCCCAGUAACCCCUUCAGCAACGCAUCAGGAGGUGACUCCGGUGUGUUCGUCACCUCGCCCACCUCCGUUUUUCCUCCGUCUGCCUCCUUCCCAGCACCCAACACCCAGAAUGCAUUUCAUCAUGAGUCAGCGAGCAACCAGGAAUCCAAUGGUUUUGCCUCCUUCCCUGCAGCCGACUCUCAGCCCAAAGUCCCCCGGCCGAUGUCGGUGAACCCGUUCACGGGGAAUGUUUACCCCAGCCGAGGGACGUCGCGAAACCCUUUCAUCUGAUCCCCCCCCCCCUUCUUUUUCCUUACGUCACCCACCCAUUUUCUCUCCCCCCUCUGGGAACCGAGGGAGAAGUGAACUUGAGGAGUCGCUGCCAUUUCAAUGCCUCUGGAGUAUUGUCACCCUCCCUCUCACCCCUCUCUCUCUAUGUUUCUCUGUCUGUGUUUACGUGUUUGUGGAGGCAAAAAAAAACAAAAAACUGUGUGAAUGUAAUUAUGAAAUCCAUGUGUGUGUGCGUGAGAAUCGGUUGCCUGCCGUGUUUGUACCACGUGACAAUUAUGUCUAAAAGGUGUUUGUGUGCCGGUAGACGCCACCUCAGGGCUCUGUGGGAGUCACAAGUAAACUAUGAUUUUUAUAAUUUUGCAGAAACACACACACAUAUAUGACAAACAUACAUGUCGCUGCUGCUAUUUUGCUUUCAUCUCCUGCUAAAAAGUGCAACAAAACAGCCCGUCCGUAAAUGCAUCAGGGUUGAUUUCUGGUUUUAAUAAAAAACAAACAAAAAAAAAAACCGUCCAAGUCUCUCAGUUGUCCAAAGGAAGAGUUGAGGCUCUGCAUAAUGAGUUUCCUACAGAUGGUCAUAACAGCCUUAACAGUCUCCAUGAUGCAUGUGAAUUAGAGAAGAUAAGACGAGCUUUUCUCUGUGAUGGAUGUGUGGAACAGUUUUGAAUUCGUCACUGUUUUUAAUGAUUAUUUUUAGGUCAUCCUUUUUGAAGAAUAAUCUAUGUUAUUUUCCAUUUUCCUAGGCUGCAUGCGCUUAGAGGGCUAAAAGGAGAUACUACUGAAUGUAAAAAGCAAUUUUCAGAAUAACUUAAUGUGUAUAUAUAUAUAUAUAUAUAUAUAUAUAUAUAUAUAUAUAUAAAAAU